AUGGAGCUGAGACUGCCGGCCACUCCAGCCCCCAUGGCCUCGCCCGUCCCAACACCCACAGCCGCUGCCAUUUAUGAAGGGCCCACUGUAUGCCAGGCCCACAUGUGUCCUCACAAAUCCUCACGCUGGCCCUAUGAGGCAGACCUAUACUUCCAUCCUCUCUCCCCAGCCUUUCUCUCCGCUGGCCUUGGGGUCCUUGCACCCUCGGAGACCUACACCCUGCCCACAGCCAGCUCUAGCUGGGAGCCCCAGCCGGACUCCCUGUUCCCAUCAGGCCCCUCCCCUGGCUCCACAGGGGCCCAAGCCGAGGCCAAGCGCACUGGGCAGGGACCCAAGAACCCAUGUGUGUCCAACGUGACGGUUCAGCUGGAGAUGAAGGCACUGUGGGAGGAAUUCAACCAGCUGGGCACAGAGAUGAUUGUCACCAAGGCAGGCAGGAGGAUGUUCCCCGCCUUCCAGGUGACGAUCCUGGGCAUGGACGCGCUGGCUGACUAUGCGCUGCUGGUGGACUUCCUGCCUCUGGAUGACAAGAGAUACAGGUACGCCUUCCACAGCUCCGCUUGGCUGGCGGCGGGCAAGGCCGACCCAGCCACUCCUGGCCGCGUGCACUUCCACCCUGACUCGCCAGCCAAGGGUGCACAGUGGAUGCGCCAGAUCGUGUCCUUCGACAAGCUCAAGCUGACCAACAACCUGCUGGAUGACAACGGCCACAUCAUUCUCAACUCCAUGCACCGCUACCAGCCCCGAUUCCAUGUGGUCUUCGUGGACCCACGCAAGGACAGUGAGCGUUACGCCCAGGAGAACUUCAAGUCCUUCCUUUUUACUGAGACCCAGUUCACGGCCGUGACUGCGUAUCAGAACCACCGGAUCACCCAGUUGAAAAUCGCCAGCAACCCCUUUGCCAAAGGCUUUCGGGAGAGUGACCCAGACUCCUGCACUGUGUCUCCACGGCCCCUGCUCAGCGUCUCUGCCCGGAGUCACAGCAGCCUCGGCCCCUGCCAGCGAAAGGGCUCCACAGAGCAGGCGGAAGACCCCAACAAAACUCAAGCCUCCACCUCCAGGACCCCUGCUCAGCUCCACCAUCAGCUGCUGGCUCCUCCUGAGGCUCUGUUGGGCCGGACCACCUACCAGGGCCUGUAUCCUGGAACCUCAAGUUCCCUUGGAAUCCCAAGGGCCCGACCAACACCAUACCCCCUUCCCAAUAUCCAGGCUGACAGGGAUCAGGGGGACCUGCCCCUCCCAGCUAGGCUGGGGCUCCUGUCCCCCACAACCAUAUGCCUGAGGCAUGUUCAGGACCCUCAGUGACUGCAGGGGCCCUGUGUAGAGUCCUCCUCUUACCCUGGACCCCACCCCCUCCAGCCUCACCUUUGCCGACGCCUCCCUCCCUUCACAAGGAGAGCAGGGCAGGUGGAAACCCAAAGAGGUAGGCUACCGGCCCAGAGUCACAGCAAGGCUGGGACAGUGCCAGGCUUGGAACCAGGCCCCCUAAUAACCCACAGCGUGCCCCCUUCUGCCUUGGGGAUGACCCCUCCACAUCCUGCUUUCUCUCUCCCUUCCCCUCAACAUUAAAACAUUUGGUGGUCAGAGCACUUCUGUCCUUGGGGAUUGGGUGGAGGGUCUCAGAACACCCAGACCCCUAAGUCUGGGCUGCAAACAUCCCAAAGUUCUGCCCAGUACUGUUGGUAUUCUUGAGAGCACAGCAUGCUGGGAACGGUGGUGACGAGCCUUGGGCAGGGCUGUGUGGGAGGCUGGGGUUCCUGCCCCCCGCCUUGUGUCCAGUUGAGGGCUGAAACUGCAUCUGAAAGGCGCCUGCUCAAAGCAAAGCACGGCGACAACAUGCCAUUCCGUGUUGAGGCUCUGUGUGCAAGGCUGGGGUCCUCCAGUCCUUCACGGGCCAGGGUCUGGCGGAGGGGUGCAGCACCACCAUAGACAGUGACCACACGGGACAGGUGGGGGGGAAGGGUCUGCGAAUGCCAUCAGUACUCAAGCAGGAGAGCUUCUAGAGAAAGUGACACUUAAACCAACACCUGAAGGAGUAGAAAUCGCGGGGAAGGGGGACGGGAGGAGGGAGACCAGCUCCCGGAAAAGGGAAAUGCAGGACAAUAGCCGGGGUGUUCCCUGGAGCGAAAUCAGGAGAGGGCCCGGAGGAAGGGCGGGACUAGGCCCUCCUCCCGGGACCGUGGUCGCCCGCCUCCCGGAGGGGCGCCCAGUGGAUCCCUAAAUGCCGACUCCGAAGGUCCGACACACGCUAGCGCGGAAGGACAAGAGGCCUGGUGGGGCCUCAACAGCCAGACACCCUGACCCCCGUGGUCAGAAGGGCCGAGUCCAGGCUCCGGGUCGUGCGCCACGGGAGCCCCACCGGGCGCUCGGGGACAACCGCCGGCCUCUCACACUCGCUCGGCCCGGCCCGGCUCCGUCCUCCCUGCCGGAAGCUCGGCGCAUCCGACCACGCCUCUUCCUUCCCUGCGCACCACCGCUUCACGAGGAGCCCCG